AUGGCCCCCACUCUUCCCGCCUUGACGACGCCGCCGCCGGAGCAUAGCACCAGCACGGAGCCGUCGUCAGCGGCGAAGAGGGCGUCCACGAGCCCGACGGCGCUGUCCACCAAGGGCCACAAGGCGCCGCUCGAGCGCAAAAAGAGGAAGACGCCGCCGCCGCCCGAGUUAACGCCGGCCCAGACCUCGGAUGCCAUGGAACCGGCAUCCAAGAAGAAGCUGGUGCUAGCCGCGCCCUGCCACGCCGGCGGCGCCGGGCAAUCUAGCAAGGGCGCCGCCCAAGAGAAGAGCGCCGGACACCAAUCCGGCAAGGACGCGCUGGCGCACAAGGCCAAGAAUUUGGAUGAGAUGCGCGAGAUGUAUCCUCACCUCGUUGAUGAGGCCAUGGCCCUUGUCGACCCGGCGGUGCUGGAGAGGGUGCUCCCCCGCAUUGAUGACAACAAGGCCCAGGCGUUGGACAGGAAUAUCAGGAGGGCGAGGAGGCAGCUCACCAAGGCCAUCACGGAAUCGGCAAGGAUGAAAAACAUGGAAACAUCUGCAGUAUUUCUUUGUCAAGCUACUAGGCUUCAGCUAGAAAAGUUGAGAGUGGAUAAAGAGGAUGGUCUGGAUAUUUGUGCUCAAGAACGAUUGGCACGAGUGGAACGUGAAAUAGUGGAACUGAAACAGAUUGUGAUAGAUUCUCACUAUCAGGCAACGAUAGAGAGCAAUCCACUCCGUGAUAAUUCAUCAUUGAAGGGUGUAAGAUGUAAAUCUGAAGAGAGUCACCCUCAGCUGGCUGUAGCUGAAAAUCAGAUUCCAUGCAAUAUACUACAAAAGAAGAUCGAAGUGCCAAAUGGCUUCCCCCAUGAAAAGAAUGAGGAGGUCACAUCUAAGUGUAAACAUGAUGGUGUCGUUCCCCGUAGAAUCCCAUGCGAUAAUCUGGUUAUCUUCCCCUUUUGCUACUUUGCCAUUUAG